UCCAAACCCGAUAAUUAUUUUUAAAAUAAAUUAAAAAACAAGAGUUUUCACCUUCCACACUAGUAGAGUCGAGGACACUCAUUUCCCCCAAAAUUGGCAACAUUCGAAGAUGGCCGUCGCUAAUCUGCAGAGAUUCGCCUCACGAAUCGCACGAAACCCUUCGAUUUUUUCAAUUGCUCGAUCUUCAUCCUCAUAUUCAUCCCGUUCCGGCUCCGCCAAAGUCGCCGAUCGGAUCGUCAAGCUCUUCGCCAUUGACCCUGAGGGCCAUAAACGAGAGAUUAUUGGACUCUCGGGUCAAACUCUGCUCAAAGCCCUAACCAAUCAUGGGUUAAUCGAUCCGGAUUCUCAUCGUCUUGAAGACAUUGAUGCGUGCUCCUCCGAGUGUGAGGUGCACAUUGCUCAAGAAUGGCUCGAGAAGCUUCCAGAAGCUUCCUACGAUGAACAGUACGUGCUGAAGAGGAACUCUAGAGCUAGGGUUUUGAACAAGCAUUCUAGGCUUGGUUGUCAGGUGGUCCUCUCACCGGAGCUUCAAGGAAUGGUUGUAGCAAUUCCUGAGCCUAAGCCAUGGGAUAUCCCAUAAAAGGUGAAAAUGAAUAUUUUUCUAUUCUGUGAACUGGAAUUUUAGUGCUUUGAGUUAAUAAGAUUUGGAACUUAUGGUACUUGAUAGGCAAUUUCUGUCAAAAUUGUCUGAAAGUUGACAACUUUGUUCGUUUUAAAUGAAUACUUUCCGAAUUCCUACAUGAA